AUGAUUGCAUGUUGCAGGCCAUUCAUAGACAAGGGCACACUUGAAAGAAGAAAUGGCAUCCAUUGGAGAAUGCCAGCGGCUAUGGCCGUAUGUUGGAUUAUAGGACUAGGGCUGGCGCUUGGUCACCAUUUUUACUACUUCUCCUUGGAUGGCACCAUCGUUCCCGGACAAACUCAGCAGGAAUGGUCCUUGAGAGUAGGCACCGGACUCGCCUUUUUAACGAAGACGUUUUUGACUACAAGCGUCGGUAUCGCCUGCGUCCAGAAUAUCUGGUGGAUCUUACGAAUGAAACCGGUGAGGCUGUCAACUCUAGAUUCAAUGUGGGAUAUCCGGGGCAACAUCUUCAACUUCUUCGACCUCCAUAUAUGGCUUCGAGGUCCUAAUGUGGCUAUACUGGGGCUAAUCUCGUGGUGCGUGGUCCUUGUCUAUGUGGUCUCAAGCCUGCUAAAGUGCCUCAGGUGUAUUCCCCUGGUCACUGUUGUGACCCCUUCAACGCUAUCAGUUCGUUCUACAAUAGGGUCUAUGUUACAAGAACAACAAAUGCCAGCCAUUGAUUUUAACUUCGACAAAUUCUACACCAUGGACGAUGGGGGCCCGACGGGUCCAACACCGAGCGUCACCCGCUUCAUAACCGGAGCCGUCAUCCAAGGAACGAUUCCCAGCAUUCCAGCACCAGCGCCAAACUCGUCAUAUUCACUGACCUUCCCUGGCCCGCUAAUCCAAUGCAGUAACUCCAGUGCCAAUGUGAGCCAGCAAGUAUACGACUGGGCACAUGCCAACUACGCCCACUCCACGUCUUUCAUGGGCUUCAUGUCCGAGACAGAUAACAUAUCUCAUGCCAUGAACCAGCUAGUCUACGAGCCCUACCAAGGUCCUGAUAACGGAGAUAGGGACGCUGAUGUGGCUGGCAAAUUGAUAAUGACCGUCUCGCCAUAUAUGCCUCUGGAUAAGCGAUGGGUGGUAGAAUGUGGUAUAUACAACGCCUCGUAUUCAGUGGACUUCAACUUCACCAACGGCGUUCAAUCAACUAGGAUCACUGAUCUCCAGAUUCUGGGUCGUGUGCGGGAUCACAGACAACACGAGAUACCCCCCCCCGCGAACGAAGACCAGCUUUUCGCUUACACGGCCAUGAUGAGGGUGUUUCGAGAUGUGUUGAUAGGAAGAUGCGUUCAAAGCGGCUCAAUCUGCACCGACACAAAAAUUUAUUCCUCCGCGCUAGUCAAUUCCAAACAAAUCUGGCAGCUGGUUUAUAACGAUAAAAAGAAAGUCGGCAAUACGACUUACGACUCCCUAGGCUCAAUCCUAGACGUUGCCUCGGAGUUAGGGCGGAAUAUCACCCUAAGCUUCUUUGGCAGUCCCUAUUUCCUAAACACGUCCAUUGGCCCCCUCGUCAACGUAACUACCCACCCAAGCCAAACCGAAUAUGUUUACUCCCAGCGCAAUCUACUCCUCGCCUACGGCCUCUCCGUCUUCACCUCUCUCCUCUGCAUAAUCGCAGGUCUGCUCACGAUGUGGGAUAAUGGAAUCGCCUUCCUCGACUCCCCCACCACAAUCCUCCGCGCAACGCGAAAUCCAAUGUUCGACGAGAUCGUGCCGACAGAUUCCACGACAGGCGCGGAUCCAACGCCCGAGUCAUUGUCCAAUACUCGGGUGCUUUGGGUGCAGUCAGCUAGUCCUGGGUCUAAUCAUACAGUUGCUGGUUUGAAACCGCUGCCAAACACGGCGGAGCCGGAGAAGACAGGAAAUGACAAUAGGACUGCAAAUGCGGGCUCCGAGACUGGUUUGCAGGCGAUGACUCCCAUCACCUUUAGCAACGGUAUUCCGGGUUGGGAGAGGAAGCGGUACCGGCCAACUAUCUCAAUGGUUGAAACCGAGACAAGGGAAGCGUCACCACCGCCCGGUGGGUUUAUAUAA